UGUCCCAUUGGGGAGAUUUCCCUUCACUUCCUUUCCCAUAGCCAAAACAGAAGUAAAAAGAAAUCCCUCCAAACUGAGGGAAUCCCAGCGUGUCAUCAGAACCAAGAUUUCCCCUCUAUUCUUGUUCUGAUGUCAACUAAAAAAUUUGGGAUUUUCUGUUACUUUCAAUCAGGGGCGGACUGACAACUCAUGGGGCCCCGGGCAAUAGGGGAUCAUGGGGCCCCUGUGUCCUUGCCCAAACUUAAAAAAGCCUAUGAAAAAGGUACCAGGGGCAUCUCAAGGGGCCCCCUACUGACCCUGGGGCCCUCGGGCAUUUCCCGAGUUUCCAAAUGGUCAGUCCACCCCUGAU